UACGAGAUGACAUUACUCUGGCUCUAGUGGCUCUCGGUCCGUCGCUGUGCGCACGCGUCGCUUGCGGAAGUCAGGAAGUGAUCUUUCAGUUCAAAAUGUCAGCAGCAAUCUUAGUGCAGCCUACAGGUGAGAUGUGGAAGAAGAUCCGCGUCGAACUCAAUGAAGACGUCAACACAAGGGACAGUGACCUGGCAGCCAUUAAGGAGUGGCUGAGGACCACGCCGCACCUGCCAGAUGAGUGGGAUAACCAACGCCUCAUGACCUUCCUCCGAGGCUGCAACUUUUCCCUGGAGAAGUGUAAGAGGAAGCUGGACAUGUACUUCACGAUGCGAGCAGCUUGUCCGGAGUUCUUCACCAACAGAGACAUCACCAGGCCUGAGCUGCAUGAUCUGAUGAUCCGUGGGCAGGGGCCAGCAUUGCCCGGGCUCACACCUGAUGGCCGAAGAGUUAUCAUUGCCAGAGGUCUCGACAAAGGCCUCGACACGCACCAGCUAAACGACGCCUUCAAGAUCGCCAUGAUGAUAGGAGAUGUCAGACUGAAGGAGGAGAUCGAGGGUGUGGCUGGAGACAUCUACAUCCUGGACGCAUCCGUCGUCACGCCCAGUCAUUUGGGCAAGCUGUCGUUACCGUCUUUGAAGAAGUUCUUCAUCUGCAUUCAGGAAGCCUACCCAGUAAAGUUGAAGCAAAUUCACGUCGUGAAUGCUUCUCCCAUCAUCGACACCGUCGUGGGCAUCGUCAAACCUUUCCUCAAAGAAAAAAUAAGGAACAGAAUCUUCAUACACACAGAUCUGACAACCCUUUACGAGCACGUACCAAAGGAAAUUCUGCCAGAGGAAUACGGCGGUAACGCUGGUCCCAUGGAUGUUUACAACAAGGCCUGGCAGAAGAAGCUGGAAGAGUACAAGGACUGGUUCCUAGAACAGGAGUCGGUGAAGGCCAACGAAGCCCUCAGACCUGGGAAGCCGACCAACUACGAUGAGCUGUUUGGAAUCGACGGGUCUUUUAGACAGCUGUCCAUAGACUAAAUUUAGAAUAACUAAUUCUAUUCUUACGUAGUUUUUAUGACAAGGCUUAAGCACGUAUUCUGAAAAGACGCUCAACUGGAAACUAGAUUUAAAAAUUGAGAUUCAGACUCUGUCAGAGACAACAAUCUAUGUAUAAAAGCGAAAGGUCACUGACUGACUCACUCAUCACGAACUCUCAGAAACUACAAGUACUAGGAGUCUCAAAUUUUGCAUGGGACUUCCUUUUAAAACGUAGGUGCUCACUAAGAGGGGAUUUUGCAAAAUUCAACCCCUAAAGGGGUAAAACGGGAUCCACGCGUACGAAGUCGCGGGCAGCCGCUAGUAGGUUUAUAAUCCAAAUCCAAUGGUAUUAGUCGGACUCGGAACUAUUCCCACCUCUCGUUCUCACAGCUGCAACUGCUGUGUAGCCAGGAUUUACAGCUUGACCGGGGGAAAGUUAAGCUGUUACUGGACCCGCUACGAAAUUAAUCAGAAUAACAUGAGGAGUUCGAAGUUAAGGUUCGACUUCUCUCCAGUGAAAUGCCAGGUGAUAAAACAAGGGAUGUUUCAUGGUUGAGUGUCAUUUCAAAAUACGGGCCUCAGUCAAUUUUAGUUUUAAGAAGGUACUACACGGUUUUAGGUGUGUAUUGAUAUUUACAAAAUAAUCAAAACUAUCUAGAAGAAAGAAUCGAGAACAAUGAUAUUAUAUAAAAACAAAAGCAGAUAUGUUAUAGGCGCUCGCGCUGUGAAUACUCAAAUACGUCCCAAUUGGGACGUCUUGUGUUUAGUCUUCGUGUGGCCUGCGUCGUGCGCAAUCGCGUGCGUACCACACCGUAAGUUCCUGUGUUCUUACCAAAAUAAAUAAAAAAUGCCAUCGUGUGUGUUUCGAAAGUGUACCAAUUAUGACUCUAAAGUAAACAAAAUACAAGGGAUCUCUUACCACAUGUGAUUAUGCAAAAUUAUUUAGUAUUUAUAUUUUCAAUUAUUUAUGCAAACAAUCAAGACGCCAUGCGCCAUGUUCAAGUUAAGAAAGAGAAAGCGAUCUUGUUUUGACGUUAGAGCGAUAAGGAUGCGUGCGCUGCGGACAUAGAUUAGUUAAUGCAGAAUCGUUAAAACUAUAGCUAUCUCUUUCAUUUGCGUGCUAUUUCGUAUCUUUUGUUUCACUUAUCAGUUACAUUUGUCAAUGUGUGCAAUUUGGAAUAGCUCGGCACGGAUUAAAAUCGUAAUUUCUAUGAACGUAACAUAUCUAUAGUUCUGUAAUAUCAUUGAUCGAGAAGAAAAAUACUGCUUUUAGCCUACAAAAGCCAUUUUAACCUUCAUUUCACUUUAUUUACAUUAUAGUUAUAGACCAUAACGCCUAAAAAUAUUUUCUAUGCAAUGUCCAUCAGUGAAGAUUUUUAAAAACAGAUUUUAAUAAAAUGUAAUUUCUGUAUUAAUUCUUUUAGAUUCGUUUCUUUCUAGAUAGUUCUACCAAAACAAAACAGAGCGUUAGGUAGAUUAAGAUUUUGUUUAAACUUAGGUAAGCUCAUACAAUGUUUGGGUGCUUAUUGUGAUAUUUUUAUACUUUGAUUUAAAUAAAAUAGUUUGACUUUA